AUGACCUGGGCUGAGUCCAUAGCUGGCGUCAUGGCCUCAACGGACGCUGAACUGCUGGUGAUAAACAAAGCCCUGGACGCACUCAAACACCACAAUAUCGAGAAUGCCGUUAUCCUUAGUGACACAAAAGGGGCUCUGCAGCGCAUCGCAUGCAAGUACGGAACAUGCCCAUUUGCAAACAAGUCACGUGUCAAGAUAGAGGCACUAUUGCAAAAUAAUACCCGCGUUGCGCUGCAGUGGCUCCCGAGCCACGUGGGAAUCCCAGGGAACGAACAUGCUGACCAACUAUGCAAAGAUGCCACAAGGAAACCACCUAUCUUCAAACUGCCAACAACCCAGUGGCAGAUAUACAAGACCAUAAAGGCGUACAUAUGGAACCAACACCCAGACCAACCCACAGCAACUGGCACAGCCCCUCCCCCAUGCCUAACCACUGGGCUCUCAAGACAGGAAGCCAAGGUACUCCUGAAGCUACGAACAUCUACGGCAAAAACACGAGCCAGGGAGUACAGGUUUGGACCAGAUCCUCCGUACCCGACCGUGCCUCCGUGCCCCACCUCAUGGAGCGAUGCAAGGCAAUGUCGUCAGCUCGUCAAGUACUCCUUCGAAGCCUCCGCAUUGCAGGCAUCACGGAUGUCACAAUCACCAACCUGA